AUGCAAGAUACAUUAUAUUUGGAUGAUCAUGAUGCUACUUUUUCAAAUGAUAAAAAUAAGAAUAUUGAUGAUCCACAGGCUACUAUACAUCAAUUAUUGGAUGUUGUUAGAUUUGAAAAUGUUAAUAAAUAUGAAGUGCACCUUCAUGAAGCAUAUAAACUGACUUUACAAAAGGCAUUAAAAGCAAAAUCAAAGUCGCAACAUCUCAUUAAGAUUUUACAAGAAUAUGCUAAGGAAAAUGAUGAAAUUUCUAAAGAACUGAUUAAGAUAAUUCCUUGA